AUGGAAGCCCCAAUGCCCAUCGUGGGCCGAAGUCUCGCCAUUUUCAUGGUCUCAAUUGUGAUGAUGUCUAUCUCCAUUGUGACAGUUGCAUUACGAAGUUUUGUGCGACUGAAUAUCCUCCGGGCCUUUGGCUGGGAUGAUGCUCUGAUGGUUGCUGCAUUGAUCCUUUUUAUAUUUCUGGAUAUCUGUUGCAUAAUUGGAGCAAUGUUUGGAAUCGGGCAUACCUAUACAGAUUUUACAAGCAUGGAGACCUAUAAGAGAGCGCUUCUCAUGUGGUGGCUUGGUCAAAUAAUCUACAUUUGGGCCUCAGCAGUUGCCAAAAUAUCAAUUGCCGUUGCACUCCUCCGGUUGGCCGUCAAAAGGUCUCACAGAGUGAUACUUUGGAGCAUUAUUGCUGUUGUCAUUGCUAUUGGAUUCAUGCUCGGGCUAUUGCUACUCUUCGCCUGUAAUCCCAUCUCCCACUUCUGGGAGCAAGUGGAUCCGACCAGCACGGGAACAUGCCUGUCCAUGUACACAAUCUUGGCAGUCACCUAUUUCUAUAGCUCUGUGACUAUAUUGUGUGAUGUGUCGCUUGGCCUGCUACCCAUUUUACUCGUCUGGAAACUGCAAAUGAAUAGACGAACGAAGGUUGCGGUAGGAGGAAUCCUCGGGUUAGGGGCAAUUGCGAGUGUGGCAGUGAUAUGCCGAAUUCCAUUUCUACGAUUCUACGCCGAUAGCGAUUUCCUUUAUUCAACCUACCUAAUCGCUAUCUGUUCUGUCAUUGAGACCGGCCUCGGAAUUACAGCAGGCAGUCUCACCACCCUCCGGCCCCUAUUCCGCCGACUCCUAGAUGGAAAUACGACUCGCAAUCCCAAGUCACGCAAACAAGGAACAUAUUCAGAGACAUACGCACUGUCCAAUAUGCAAAGUGAGGCCAUGAAAGGGUCGCGAAACCCGAAACACUGGCGCCCUGAUAUCGACCCCGAUGACACCAGCACAGUUGUCACAAUCUCGUCGCAGCGGAGAAACAGGCUUUGGAUUAGUAACAGCAGCCAAGAAGCCUUGUACCCUGAGCCGGUAACGCCAAACCGGGUCACGAUACAGAGCACCUUUGUACAGACAGUGACGGAGGGGGGAAAUUAG